UGUGCCAGGCGACUGGUGUGGGCUUGUGUUGCAAGCCGCGAUUAUUCCACUGAAGCCUCAUAGCUAUCACAUCCCAGCGCAAACCUAUGACACUGUGUGGGGAGGGGGUCCAGCGGCUGGCCGCGGAGAUGCUCACCCUGUGAUUUGUUGCUUUGAUUCCUCAGGCCGUGACUUGGCGAGCACGACCCUCCCCGGGUACCCUCCACACGUUCCCCCCGCUGGACAGGGCAGCUACUCAGCGCCGACGCUGACAGGGAUGGUGCCUGGGAGUGAGUUUUCCGGGAGUCCCUACAGCCACCCUCAGUAUUCCUCGUACAACGACUCCUGGAGGUUCCCCAACCCGGGGCUGCUUGGGUCCCCCUACUAUUAUAGCGCUGCCGCCCGAGGAGCCGCCCCCCCUGCAGCGAAAACAGAGGACAGAGAGAGAAUGCUCUGCCCGUCUGAUGUAAAGAGCGACGACAUCAGAGUGCAAGAUGCAUCGUGGGGUGGAAGCUACAUAUCAUCAGUCGGACCCUUACCGGGUCCCCACAGAAAAGCAGAAGGGCUGGGGGAGCCUUUGGAUCCACUGGACCCCACCCUGGCAGGACCUGAACCCUCACCUGGACGCACCCCAGGCACCUCCACCGGCAUAGCUGCACUAAUGCCCAAAUAUGUGAACUUCCCGGCGCAGGCCGCAUCCCAGCCUGGCGGAGCUGUCAGCCCCGCUCCCCCGGGCUCCGCCGCCAGCCGCGGCCACAUGAUGAAUGGCCCUGUCGACCAAACUCAUCCGGGGCCCAAUUAA